AUGUUUAAAGGAAAUCACCAGGGAAAUGGUCCAGAAAAGUACUCCUUUACCACCGAGGGAUCUUAUAGUAACCUUCACGGCAGGGAAAGAAGACCGCCAAUCUCCUACGCCGAGCUGAUUACCAUGGCGAUCGAGAGUUCGCCAGAUGCCAUGCUCACUCUAAAGGAGAUAUACUCUUGGAUCAGCACACAUUACCCAUAUUUUGAUUCUGCCAGAACUGGCUGGCAGAAUUCAAUUAGACACAACCUGAGCUUAAACCGCUGUUUUUACAAGGUACCUCGCGGGACCGAAAAGAAGGGAAAGGGAGCCUACUGGAAGAUCAACUACGAGUUUCAGAACGUCAAGGUUAACUACAGAAGUAGACGAUACAGCUACAAACCAAUGCCACAGGCCACGAUUGAAUCACUCAGUGAGAUAUUAAAUGAUAAUAAACUUAUUUCCGAAAACAUUGGAGUCAAUGAAAUACCAUAUAAACAGACCACGGUGUUUAAUGGCAAUCUACUCGAAGGAGAGGAUUUCUAUAACCAUAACGAUUGCUAUGAAUACACCGCCGAGGACAACAAUAAAAUGAAGAGGAUAUUUUCCUUCAAAUAA